GGAAGUUAACCAAAGAAUAAUGAUGGAUAAAAGGAUACAGAAGAGGAGCUGGUGGGUUUACAAUUUCCGUCCAUCGCCAUCGCCAUGGAAGGAGGAGGAUGCUUCAAGCGUUUAGUCCUCUUCAAGUUCAAAGAAGGGAUUGAAGUGGAAGAUAUGCUGAAUCGGUUGAAGAAGCUUCUUUCCGAGAUCGAUCUCGUCAAGUCCGCCGAAUGGGGAGCGGCGGCCGAUAUUCAGCAGGGCUCUGAAGCUGCGAAGCUCCGUAUCACCGCAAAAGGAUUCACUCACGCCCUCGUGAUGAGAUUCGAGAACCAGGAAGACUGCCUGGCCUUCAUGAGCCACCCGGCCCACGUUGAGUCCGGCGCUGCUUUCAUUGAAGCCCUUGACGACUUUCUGGGCCUCAACUUCCCGGUCCUUUCUCUCAAGUAGUCCACCUAAAACCCGGACUCAGGAUCGUGUGUGUCCGGUUCGUACGAAUAGUUCGAUUUCGUAUCUCUUUUAAACAAUUCGAGUUUCUGUUCAAUUCAAGUAUUGUGUUUGUGUGUAGGAUAAAUUUAUUUCAGUUGU